ACGUUAAAGUGAAAGUUAAAGUGAAAGUUAAAGUUGUUCUCUUUGUACGGAAACAUGGAGACUGAUCUGAUGCGUUGUUUUUAUCUGUUGCUGUUGAUGGUCAUCUGUGACGGGUUCCAUGUCCAUGGUCCGUCUGAUCCUCUCAUUGUCCAGCUGGGAGGCUCAGUGAUACUGCCCUGCUUUGUAGAGACUCCUCUACCAAUGCAAGAACUGGAAAUAGAGUGGAAAAGAAAUGACUCUGAAACUCUAGUGCACUUGUGGCAGGACGGAGAGAGUCAUCCGGAUUCUCAGAACCCGAGUUAUCGUGAAAGAGCUCAUUUCUUCAUUGAGGAGAUCGCUCAGGGAAACUUCUCUCUCUUCCUUACGAACGUGACCCGGGAAGAUGCAGGAGUUUAUAAGUGUGCUGUUUACACAAACCGUGACUCCUAUGAAACUCUGAUUGAAAUAAAGGAGAUUGAGCGUUUGAUCGUGUCUGGAGCCCACGUCAUAUCUGCGUAUGCGGGUGAAGAUAUCACUCUGAAUUGCUCUGUAGACUCACAUAUCCCAGCGGAAAAUAUAGAACAGGUCUUAUGGAUGAAAAUGGAUGGAGAGAUCUUAGUGCUGCUCUAUGAACAUGGUGAGGUCCACACAGACUCGUCCCAUGAGAGAUACAUGGACAGAGUGGAAUUGUUCAGCGCUGAAGAAAGAAACAAAGGAAACUUCUCAUUGAGACUGAAGGAUGUCCGAACUGACGAUAAAGGGCUGUAUACAUGUUCUGCAUUCUCUGGGGCAUUCUCAGAUAAUACAACUGUGGAAGUGCAGCAGCUGGGUUUUUCCUCUAUGCAGGUUGGAAUUUUUGUUUUAUGUGCACUGGGAUUUGUAAUUGGAUCACUUAUCCUAGGAUACUUCUCUUAUACAUCUUUUAAUAAUAAUGAUGACAGCAGAAGAGCCCUAGCUAUACAAUUGGGACAUGUAAUUUGUCCUAAUAUUACUAUGGUCAUUGUCUUCAUCUUUUGGGGUGUUACUGAGGGGUUUUUGACAGAAGCAGCAACUUGUUCAGCACUGAACGGUGUUCGGAUCCUUUUUCUACUUUGGAUUGCUCUCCACUUGAAAACAUUUGAAGGUUAUCCCCGCCAAAUAAUUAACCGCUCGACAAUUCAACUACAAUAUGCAGUGAUAAGUGUUGUUGUUUAUUCACCUCUUGUUGCGGAUCUCUGGUAUAAUGUAAACACUGGAGGGAAAGUGGGGCUUCUGAUAUUUCUGCUACUGGGGCCACUUUCUACUCUUCUGUACAUUCUGUAUCUUAUCACUACUGUGUGCCGUGGAAGGACUCUACAAGAAGAAACAAGCUUAAGUUACACUAUUACAGAACUCAGCAAUUUUCUACGACUAUUUGUUAUUAUAAGUACAUAUGGAUUUCAGUCAGGACUUCUGGCGUUGGCACUAAUUCCAGUUUUUGCACGGAAUUUUAUUUACCGUUGUUUAUAUUAUUUAUCUACAUUUUUACUCCAGAUAUCAUUCGUGAUGAUCCUGGAGGUUCUAACUGCAUCAGCGUCGAUCUACAUCCAUUAUGUCUUUGUGGAUAAUGUGAAAGAGCGUGACGCGCUGACCUGUGCGACUGCAUUCCUCCACAUCUUGACCAUGAUAACACUGUUUAUAGAGUAUUUAUCAGAAUCUGACUCCAGAAACACUGGGACACAGCAACGUUUGUCCCAUUUGGUUGUGUUCAUGUUUGGCUCAGUGGUGGUGGUUCUUGUGAACGCGGUUGUGUUAUUAGUGGAGCUGAUCCUAAAAGCGCAAACUGGCCAGCGUACAGUGGAUCUGCGCGUCGUUCUCCUACCGACUGAAUGCGUCUUUGCUGUGUGCUGCCUUGCUUUACAAAUAUCUGCUUUCUGGAAGGAGUACAGAGAAGAAUUUAGAGAAGAAAUCGACCGGCUGGGACGAUCGUGUGGUUGUAAACAGAAACACAGGGACUCACCUCCACAAUGUGAUGAACGUGAACUUGAGAAUCUGGCUCCUGAAGCUCAGACCUCAGGGUCUUAGCAGUGAUUGUGUGCGCAUCUAGAAAAGCAGAACGUACGGCGGGUUGGUGUUCUGGAGCACUCGGGUGUAUCUCUACAUCACGCUGAGAAGAAAGGACAUCAUCCAUGACCUGAACAGACUGGACGCACUCGUCUGAUCACCUCAGGGAUUGUUUUAAAGAUGCUUGUAAUGUGUUGUAUCUAAAUAUUUUUUUAUGAUCUUUUGAGUGACACUUAAAUGUGAGUUUCUUGUCUUCAUGUUUGCGUCUCCUGUAGAAUAGUUUUUAUUAUCUAAUUUCUAGAUAUAAUGACUGGAUUUAUUCAUUUAUUACCUGUUUUGAGACAUUUUAUGUUAUUGUUUAAUCAUCUGCAACAUUCAUCUGAUACAUCUUUUGGAUGCUCAGAGUUUAUAUUUAUAUUCAGUACACAUAAAUCAGAUGACAUAUUAUAUAAGAGUGAUGCUGGAAAGGUAUUAUAAGUAAUGCAUUUCUAUAAUUGUAUAUAACAUUUCUUUAUUAUUUUUGUUUAGUUCUUUUGCAUUUCAAGAGUUAAGUCUGAUUGCAGCGAGAGGAAACAUGGCGUGCUGUAUGUUAAAACAAUGAGAAUUCUUUUUCUUUCUUUCUUUAAAAAUAAAAUCUGUAAAGUUUUGUAAUGUA